CACCGCAAAACGUGGCUUGUGGCUGCAGAAGAGGAGGAAGGUAUGCUGAGGGCUCGGAUCCAAAGAGUUCAGGUUCCCCUGGGUGAGGCGCUGCGACCCAGCCAGCUCCCCCCAUCCCGGCUGCCUCAUAUGUGGCAGCUGUCCCAGGCUUGGUGGUGUUGAAGAACUGCUGCUUAAACUCGUGCCUGGUGAUUAAUCUGGAGCGGUGGCUCUAGGAAGAUGUCGUUGCAUAUUUUGUACAAUAAAUGAUUCUCUCUCCACUGAAAUGCAGCCACCUCUGAGGUGGAAGCAGUUAAACAACACACAGCAACAUUACACAAGAGUUUAGCACAGGCAGUGAAGAAUUGUGUCCAAGUGAAACAUCAGGGGGAGUUCUAGUUCUCUGAACAUGUCCCAGAAGGAUCCCUGCCAGAAACAAGCCUGUGAAAUACAGAAAUGCUUGCAAGUGAACAACUACAUGGAGUCUAAGUGUGAAACCGUGCUUCAGGAAAUGCGGAAGUGCUGCGCCCAGUACCCCAAAGGCAGAUCCAUCUGUUGCUCAGGGUUUGAGAAAGAAGAAAGAGAGAGAGAAGAAUUUAAAGCGACUUCAGAAGGAAUUCCCCCACAACCUCAGUAACACAAUGCAGCUCCAGCAGGUGCCAGAACAUGGACUUACCUUCAAAGCUUGUGUGUGUUUUUUCAAGCCUUCUUUAGACUUUCAGGAAAGCCAGAUCGCUCCUAGAACACACCAUCCGGCACACCAAAAAGUAUAACCAGUACCAACAGAUGGCCUGGUUAACAGACUUUAUUUUCUGUACUAAAACAUCAUUUACAUUGUCUUCGCAUUGCAUCUGUGUCUGUGAGAAGUCAACUUGAUGUUUUCAGAAUGCUUACCUUACUCUAAUCCAUCUUUGCUCUCAAAAUGGAGAACUGGAACCAAGUAAUUCUGGCUUCUGGUGCGAGAGGUACAGGAAGUGAGCUCAGAAGAGUGAGUGACUUUAAGCGUAACACAUGAAACAAGCCCAUCUUGACACAGCAAAAGCAUUGCUGCCAUCACGCAGUAGUUCCAGACAUUUGCCUGUCCAGUGGUUCAAGCUCAAGAAUGGGAAUCAGGUCUGGGGAUUGUUCCUAGGUCUUGCAUAGAUCAUGAGUGACUACAAGUCACUUUGCCUAAGUGCCUCACUUUCCCACUGGACAGACUUUUGGUUACUUAUAUUUGAAUUGCCUACAUGCUGCUAUUUGCAUGACAAAGAUGUUACAGGAACAUUAUUUCAGGGAAUGCUACAGGAAUAAUUUUUUUUUUUAAAAGCAAUAUUCAUUUGAAAGAUCUGACUGUUGAUAUAAAAUUUAUAAAUUUAUGUAUAAUUGAACACCUUUAAGCAAUAUGUGACAAACCCAGCGUAGUUCAACCCACUGGUACCCAGAAGCCUGUCACAAAGCCCUGGGCUAGAUCCAAGAACUGAUUUAGGUGCUGCUUACUGAACAAGCAGUUGCAGGCACUCACUUUCAACACAGCAUUCCAGACUCACUCACAAGCCGGCUGUGUCUGGAC